GCUAAUAUUAGAUUGAAAUGAGUCUACACUUUAAAACUCAGGUUUCCAAAUCCAUUUUCUUCCCUCCAGAAGCAGUCUAAUUCCUGAUUUCCAAAUAAACAGGCUGUUAAACAUGUUUCGUCAAGUUUUCUACGCUUUGGCUUAUCUUCAAUUGGUUUUUUCUUGUCAUCCCGGAGGAAAGUGUCUCUUGAAACACUUAACGUAACGUUUUUACAUACAAUUUUAGUCAAUUUUACAGAUCGUUUUGGCUUUAUUGCCAACCCUGGAUGCACAAAUUGUGAGUCCUCACAAGGCAACGGCAUUGGAAAACCAACUCCAGCCAUGUCCGUUGAAGAGAUCCGAGAAUUUUGGGUCUCAAUUUUACGCAAUGUUUUUGGUUUGUCAGAACCUUGCGGGGAUAAGGAAUGGGGUCAAUGGUCCGAUUUCUCAGAGUGUUCGGAGCCUUGUGCUGGAAUCCAGAAGAGGAACAGAAAAUGCCUAAAACCGAAUGGAAUUUGCCAAGGAAGAGCUCUUGAUGUCCAGCCUUGUGAUGAAAUGGGAUGUCACAAAAUUACAACAAGUAAGGUUGUAAAAUGAGCUUCAAUAUGUUUGGGGAGAAUGGACUCAAUGGUCGCCUUGUCACUUAACAUGUGGCCAUGGAGUUCGCACCAGAGAACGAUCUUGUUCCUCAAUGAAUCUUUGCCAAGGAUUAAGCAGAGAGGAACAACCGUGCAUGAUGGAAGAGUGUCAGGCAGUUCAAGGUACAUGGCAACCAUGGAGCAGUUAUGGCCCUUGCACAAGGUCUUGCGGGGGAGGCGUAAGGUUGCGUGAGAGAGAUUGUGUUGGUUCCAGGCAUGGAGGAAGAUGUGAAGGUCAUGAAAAGGAGGAGGAUACUUGCAAUGAAAGACCAUGCCCUGUCGAUGGAGUAUUGGGCGAAUGGUCAGAAUUUGGUCCAUGCUCCCAAUCUUGUGGUCCCGAGGGCCUUCAAACUCGGACUCGAGAGUGCAUUCCACCCCAAAAUGGAGGGCGACUUUGUCAAGAGAACACGCGGGAAGUCAGGCCUUGUCGCAACAAUCUUCCUUGCUCAGUUCAAGGAGGGUGGAGCGAUUGGUCCAGAAUGGCACAAUGCUCCGUCAGCUGUGGCGAAGGUACUCAAACUUAUCGGCGAACUUGCACAAAUCCGCCACCAUCAUUUCGAGGCGAAACCUGCCAAGGCCCCGAUCGCAAACAAGUUCCUUGCCAAAUGGAGCAAUGCUCAGUGCCUUUCCACUUGCACGUGUCAAAUGCCGUCAAUAACGAGGGAAUGGCGGGAGCCCAAGUCCUCUAUCAAAUCGGAGACAGCCUGGGAGAGGUUCGUCGUGGAGUCACGGAUGCCAAUGGGGACAUCAGUUUAGACGGAGUUCAACUUGGACAAAAGAUCAUUCUUAGCAUUGUCAGGGAAGGGUUUAUCCCGUUAAAGAACUCCGUGAUGUGGGCUAAUGCGACAUACACCGGCAGCAGCCACGUGAUCUCAAUGUCGCAAGAGUUCAAGUUUUCGGAUAGCAAACGAGUAGUACUUAAUUGGGGACCAUAUCCGGUGGACAUGGAUAUCAGGGUGGCGCAAUUGGAUCGUCAAAGAAAGCGAGUGAUUUGUGUUGUUGCUUAUAAUCACAAGCAUUGCGAGAAUGUGGCCUUUGAUGUUGAUGUCUUGACUGGUGAUCAAGGGGCCGAAACCAUCACUUGGCAUCAAUCGGAUGACUACGACUACGCACUGAUUGUAAAAGACUAUUCCAUGAAACCAGAGAUGCCGUUGAUAAAAAGCGAAGCCAAAGUGACCUUGUUUGGACCAGGUGAAAAUGUGAUCUCAUUAGAAGUGCCAAAAGACGAGGCACAAAUUGUUAGUAGAUACUGGAUCGUGGGCUGUCUGAGUGGUGCUUAAGGGAUCCGAUCCUUUAAGAAAAUCAACAGACUGACUAGAGAAGAUCCUCAGAGAGAUCCUCGAGUGUGCAUGUCGUGAAUUACAAGUCUUUGAAAUAUACUGCGACUACCAAUUGUCUUA